AUGACAGCCCAUUUGCAGCGUCGUCUCCUCCAGGAUAUUGCCGAGCUCCAGCAGCAGCCAUAUCCUCGGAUCACACUGCACACAAGAGAUGACGAUCUCAAGAAAGCCUGUCUUGUACUCCAGCCGGAGGGCUGGAUGCCCAUUCACACUACUGUAGAAUUUAGGGAUCGCUACCCGCUAGUUGCUCCCACCAUCAAGAUGGACACGGCAAUGCAGCAUCCCAACGUCUUCAGCUCAUACAUCUGCGCUUCAAUUCUCAACACAUUUGAAGGAUACACACCGGCGUAUACCCUCAAGGGUAUCGCCAUCCAGAUGCUGAGCUUCUUCAACAGCGAGUCUAUAGAGCAAUCAUACGGCGACGUCAAGUACAGCCUCCAACACUAUCGGCAACAAAGCCUAACAAUGAAGCAGACGUUUAUCUGCAAACAUUGCGACUUUGAUGGUACCAAAUCCAAAGCGGAUGUUAGGAGACUUCGUCGAUAUGCCGUCAAAGCCCACCCUCCAUCAGAGGGUACCAUGGCGGCUGACGAGGAGCACCGGAGGCAGUUUGCCCUAGCCACUUUGCCAGAUGAACUCCUCCUUGCGGCGCUCGAGAAUCUCGACUUUGAGGACUUGAUCGCCUUUUCGCAGGCCUGGCCGAGGGUUGCCAAAAUCAUAACACACUACGACUUGAUCAGGUUGCGCGAGCUUCAAUGUUUCUUCUCCAAGACCAACUUCCAGAACACCAAACUUGGAGUGGGAGUCGCAGUGUCGAGCAAUGUAGGACGGUCCAUCGAGUCCGAAUUCGACUUCAUCUCUCAGUCGGCCUUCCAGGACUUGUCCAUUCGGCUUUCUGUUCACAACAUCCGGUUCCAGCACUGGCUGCCGCUGCCUUUAUCCCACCGUCAUUGGGCAUCGGUGCGGGAAGACGUUGCACCUGCGAUGCGCGCCAUAGCGGGGAAAGCCUUCAUAUCGAGCAGUUCCCCUAUUGACGUUCUUGCGGCAUUCAUGAACGCCAUUGUUGUGCGCCUCAACCAGGUAGAAGCGGAGCAGCCUUCAGGCAGGGCAUCUCACCGCGACUCGUAUAACAUCAGGACUGCGCAGAAAAGCACCUUGCGUCACGCGUCAGAGAAGGCGAUAGAGUCUUAUUUCCAUCUGUUUCACUUGCUUCUGUGUCUCGCAACUGAGGAUGACCGGCUCAUAAAGACCGCCAAUGCCAAAAUCCAGAGUUUCAAAAAAGGAAAUACGUCCAAGGCUGAUUGCCCGAAUUUAGGGCAUCUUCUUGUGUAUCUUCUCAUUAGCGAUGUUGAAAUUACCGAGAGGCUGCGGAAAGCUAUCAUCACCGAGGCUAUCACGCGCAACGUGGUCUGGAUGCUUGACAAGAAUGGAGCCAACAUGCCAGAGCUGAGCUAUCUGGAGCCCGACAAAACGUCACACUACCGCUUGAGGAAGACCUUUGAGGCCAGCCGCACAUCCUACCGUCUCUUAAUGUUCUCGGAGCUCUUCCGCCGCAUAGCGAGGCCCUCGAAUGGGAAGACGCUUGUUCAGAUUCGUGACGAGCUCUUCGAGCGCCACGGCGCGCCACCCGCCGGAGCUGCUCUCCAACUGUCGACCGACGUCCGCCGUCUUCAUGACAUCAACAACUUCCUGGACUUCUUCGAGGAGAUGGGAAUCGAGAAAAAGCCGAGCCCAGAAUGGUUCACGAGCCAUUUGCGGGAGUGUGUGAGAAACAGCAUGGUCAGAGGGUACUCUGUUUGGGGUAUGCCCGCCACAACAGCGCUAGCACUCAGAUACCAGGUCGAACCGACAGUUGGUCUCUGGGCAGAGCAUUUCCUAAAGUCUCCACCAGGACCUUCAUAUUUCAAGAGCAUUACCUUCUUUCCUAAUAAAAAGCAACCGCAGAAGGCACAUCUUGCUCGGAGAUAG